AUGUAUUUGUUUCCAGACAUGAACACUCUAGACAGCGGAUCUGUAACGUUUACUUUGGAGAGAAAACCCGAACAUCAUGAGGAAAAGCCUGUCUUUGUAGUAGUAGACAAGGAAGGCCGAGAUCGUUGGAGCAGAAAAAUUGAGUUUUUGUUCGCGUGCAUUGGUUUCUGCGUAGGAUAUGGAAACAUGUGGAGAUUUCCAUACAUGUGCUUUAAAAAUGGAGGCGGUAGGUAUCGACAGGUUUAUUCACAAAAAAAUACAGCUCAUGGUAAAUUUCUAAGUGGGGAAGAGAUCGGAAUCGAAGUCGAGUAUACUUUUGGGUUCUGGCCACCAGCGGACGCUUUUUAUCCUACGACGCAUUGAAAGUUUCUAGGUGGGGAAUGGAAACGAAAGAAAGGAAUCGAAGCCGAGUAUGCGAUUAGCCUAAAACGGACGCUUUUCUAACAUUCGAAGCAUUGAAAACGUAGAAAAAAUUUUAAAAGGCUGGCAGGAAUAAGUCAUUAAACAAAGUGAUUGAAACUAUGAGACAGCGCAACAAAAGGAAACUCCCUUCAUAUUUUUCACCGGCUUGCUAAACAGCUUAGCAAAGCUUAAGAAAACUCUCAAUAGAAUUUGCAAAGCAAAAGUUACCCUAGGCGCAGUUUACCGUCCAGUUGUACCAUGUCAUGAAUAGAGAACUAACUUAAGUAUUUUUCCUCAGUACUGAUGUCAGUGAUGAUCUUUUUUCGUCUCUGCAGGGGCAUUUUUGAUUCCUUACCUACUCUUUCUGGCAUUUGGAGGGGUACCGAUUUUUUUCCUUGAACAAUGUGUGGGACAAUUUACUCAGUCAGAACCAGUGCACGCCUGGAACAAGCUUUGUCCGUUGCUCAGAGGUAAUUUGUACCCCUCUUGCCUUACAUGGCUAUCAUUUCGAUUUAAGUGGCUGACCAUAUUUACUAUGUUGGAGAACUGCAUACAGUGGCGGAUCCAGGGAAGGGGCCCAGGGGGCCCCGGGCCUCCCCCUUAUUUUUAGACCAAACUGAGGCCCGAAAGGGGUAAAACACUUUUUUUAGACCGCCCCCCCUCCCCCCGCCCUUAUCUGAAGGUUUGGAUCCGCUACUGGCAUAUAUUAAAACGUGAAUAAGUCUUACUCUUAAUAAGUGUAUUCCUUUCUUCCUUAGGGAUCGGUUUUGCAAGCAUCGCUGUCUCAUUCCUGGUAUCAGUCUACUAUAACGUUAUCAUGGCGUGGUCUCUGUUUUACUUCUAUCAGGCUUUCAAGAAGGAUAUUCCAUGGGUGGGAUGUCAUCACCCGUGGAACACACCAGACUGCUAUGUCUACAACGCUUCAAAUCCUAAUGCAUCUGGGUCUUCCCCCAGUCGGGAAUUCCUCGUGUAAGUUGUUCUAGGCUAAGCAGCCUACCUUCUUAGGUCACUUUACAGAUGCGUGCUUUGUAUCCUGGCCUUUGGGUGAAAGUGAGGAAGAAGAUUCCUUGUUUGUCUGUUUGCCAUUUUGAUUUUUAUUAUGUUAAUGCGAUGAAAAAAAAAAUGCAGUAAGUGAUGUUUCUUCUUGUUAUGAGCAGUGUUUCAAUCAGAGACUUUUUACCGGGGCCGUAAAAAUUAAGAGAUCGAGAUCAUGCGUGUCCUAGAGGAUGGCAAAAUAUCGUCACGAAGCAGCGAACGACACAACGUGCAUGUAGGACGGUGUGGUAAUUAAGGUUUAUUGUAUAGGUGGUUUUAAAGAGACUGCGCAAUAUGGCAGGUAUAGAUCGCUGGUCCACAAAGCGAGAUUGAAGCUGGACCAAUAAGCAGUCGUAAACUAAAUUUGGAAGUUCAGAUCAUACUUCAUGCACGUGACUGGUAAUUGAAGACCACAUAAAUGAAUGUCCCGUCUCCGACAUUCUCAAAUGCUCUUCUUAAUCCUUUAGAGGGACGUUCUAUGUCAUUAUCAGAGUUGUUUAUUUUAUCAACAGAAAGGAAACGCUGAAGAUUUCCAGCGGGAUUGAUGAACCAGGCUCUCUCAAUGUACCUAUUACAAUCAGCGUGUUAGUGGCCUGGAUACUAGUUUAUUUCUGUAUAUGGAAAGGCGUGCGAACUACUGGAAAGGUGAUCACAUGAAGGAUAACUUGGUUUGGCUUGGUAUUAGUUAUAGUUGCUUCUAUCCACCCCUGAGUUUUGUUGCUUAGAAUACCAUUCUUUUCAUAUAGAGGUAAAAUUGGUACACGCGUACUAAUGCGUGCAUACCUCGAAGACCACUGAUUAUUCCACUAAAGGAAUGCACAGAAAUAUCCUAACUAGAAUCUGACACAUUUCUCGCCGAGAAACUCACACGGCAACACGCAAUUUGUCUCUAUAAUUUAUCCCUAUGACUGAUUAAUUGAACUGAGUGCGCAUGUUGCAAUACUCCUUUGAAAAAUGCUGUAGAAUUCGCUUUUAGCCCCGGUGCAAUCCUAUGGGAUGUAAAUGACUAAACCGGGACAGCUUGCAUCAGAACACCUCGUUAAAAAAAAAAAACCUGAGGUCAUUUUGGUAUUAUUUGCAGGUUGUGUACGUAACAGCCACAGCGCCUUACGUUAUCCUGGUAAUCUUGUUUUUCCGGGGGGUCACCCUACCUGGGGCUAAAGAUGGACUGGUAUUCUACCUUGUUCCCUCAUGGGGGAGACUCGCCGAUCCAAAGGUGCAGUAUUGACUAGUGUUAUUUGCCAUUUAAGAAAAGAGAAGGGAAUUGGGGCAGAAAUGCGUCCCACAAUUGAUUCUGGGCUCGUUACUGGAGACGCGCCGGUCAGCUAUUGGCCAACUUUUUUCCUUGUCCGUAGUAACAAUCCCAAAAGUCUUUGCAAAACUUAACUCGGCUGAGUUUCUUUCUGGAUUCUAAGUUGGCGGGUGGUUGUUAGAGGUAUCUUUAGCUGGUGAGAUCCUAAAUCUCGGCAGUAUCUCUUUUAAUUAAUUUUUCUCGGUGUACGAUUUAGUUCUGAACUGGCCAUGGUAAAAUACACUUUCAAUUGCUCCCAUAUGUUGAAGGAGCACGUGCAUUAACAUUGAAUACGGUUGUGUUGUUUUAAUAUGUUCACAAACACUAAACCAACUUCUAACAUAUUGUUCCAGGUUGAAAAAAAUAUUGGUCCAAAGUCAAAAUUGAAUGACAACAUUUCACCUGUCUUGUCUCUACAUUUCGUUGAGGCCUUAACCAACCUCGUUCCCAGGGCUUUUCCUUUAGAAAAUGGGACUGAGGGGCGAGAAGGGCCCUGGGAACGAGGAAGAUAAAAGAGACUUUAUGGCAUUAUCUGGGCUGGGAGCACGGACUUCGUGCGACCAAGUUGAAUAAUGCCAAAACCACAUGCCUUUCAGAACAGAAAAUUACGUACGUUCCCUAUAGCUAAGGAAUCCCAUAAGCGCUCGCUGUCACUCUCGAUCCCAGGGUACCCGACGGAUUGUAGGGUACAGAGGAUAGAGUAUAAAGUGACUAUUGAUGUAUAUAGCCCGGUCAGUAGCUAAUGAAUCAGUUGUUUUGUUUCGGAAGGUGUGGAUUGAUGCAGCGGCCCAGGUUCUGUACUCGUUAGCAAUGGGAAUGGGUGUCAACCUGACAUUCGCCAGCUAUAAUAACAAGAACAAUAAUAUUCUGAAGUAAGAGCAGCCUUAGCAGUCUUUACGCGCCCUUUUCAAAAAGCUGUCAAAAAGUAUUGACAUUUUCUUAUCGCUAUUUUCUAUUUUAUACAGAGACUCCCUUAUAAUUUCCAUUACAAACUGUGCCACCAGUGUGUUCGCUGGCUUUGCAAUAUUUUCUAUUUUGGGGUUUAUCGCUGGGCAGCAAGGAAAGAGCGUAGCUGAUGUAGCUUCACAAGGUACUGGCAGCUCUUGUUUAACUUUGUAAAUAUCCGGAAAUCUCUGAAGGCUUCGGAUCUUGUUCGAAUGUCUUAGGGUUAUGCCCUUCAUGAAGAAGAUAUGCUUUGGCUCUCUGUUUUUCAAGAAGCCUCUCUAUGUACGUUUAAAUGUGACCCUAGUAUACACAACUUCGUUAUUAUAAACUAUUCUGGCAUUUUGUGUGAUCCUAAUAGUACUAAGAAACCACGUGGUGUUUUGGGGAACUUCGUAAUUAGUCGGAAAUCUUACGUAUUUGAAAAGUGUUUCGCAAGACUGCGUAAACCUUUGAAAGUCUCCAAACAGCUAAGGGAAGACAUCCUUCCAAAAUUCUUCGAAAAAGACUGUUUGUAUAUUAGUUUACUCCAACUGACAACCGAGUAUGUUUCAUGUGAAAGAUGUUUAGCUUAUUCCUUUUUCUUAAGUAUUUAACUUAAAAUGCUGAUUUUCUUAUCGAUGCAGAGCCGAGCCCUAUUCUUGCAAAGGCUUGACCAACUGAUAAUUUUGUGAUUCUAGUUAGCGCUUACUGCUGUAUCGGAAGUAAUUCCCUACCCAUCGUGCCUCAACUUGGGACUUCCAAGAGGGUGGUGUUAGGCAUUUAUAGAAAAAAAAAAACUUUUGGUAGUAUUUUUUUCUUACAAGUAUUCCAAACAAAUCAGCCCAUUCCGCAAUUGUUUUUACCGAAGUGACGCGGACUCGUUCUGGUCGUCUUAAUAACAAGUACUUCACCCUCGACAUUAAUGAACCGCUCCUGUGCCGCGCCGGGCUUUCAAGACAACUAGGAAUGAGUCUACACGUGAAACUGAAUGAGCUGGAAGCUUGUUGAAAAUCCUUACGUGAUUACGUCAUUGUUGUUCUUUUUGAAGGUCCCGGAUUAGCGUUUAUAGCCUACCCAGCAGCUUUGGCGGAGCUGCCUGUCCCUCAAGCUUGGGCUGUGCUGUUUUUCUUCAUGCUGAUUAUGUUGGGUUUAGACAGUCAGGUAAAUAAUAUAACUAAUAAAGGGGUUAGAUUUUAAGGGAAUUAUAGUUUGGCAGAGGAUGGAGUCAGUGAGCAACUAAAAUUGGAUUUUAUAUGAGUUGUUACGACUCCUGGUUGUAUCUUAAUCCCCAGGGAAAAGCUAACAGUUGUUUUGGUCACUCUCUACUUAAAUGUACGGGAUAGGUCUGUUGCUCAAGGCUGAGCAUUUUCGACCGCUCGAAGUUCAUGGAUUAACAAAAUUUCUUAGUUAAAUUCCUCACUCACGGUCACUUUUGUUGCUGCUUUUUUUUUAUAUCCUGUCUUGUAUUUUUUUCAAAUAGGUAAUCAAGUUCUUUAUUUUUCUAUUUUUUUUUUUCAGUUUGGUCAGGUGGAAAUAGUUGCUGCAUGUAUAAUCGAGCAUUACCCUCGAAAGUUGAGUCGCUAUCGGGAACUUGUUGUACUUGUUAUAUGUGUGAUACUCUUCCUGCUUGGUCUUUCCUGUGUGACUGAAGUGAGUUAUUGGAAAUGAUGUUUUAGCGUUACAGAGAAUUGAUCAGUAUCGCUCUGAUUAUUGUGUAAAGCAUCUUUGUCAUUUUCCAAAACAUUUCGUGAUGUGUACUGUUGUACCACUCAUGUUUUUUUUAUUCUCCUCCUCAUCAUCAUAAUCACAGCGUCGUCAUUAUAAUUUGUGUUUUUCACGGUUUUCAACGUCAUCAUUAUCAUCAUCAUCAUCAUUAGCGUCAUCGUCGUCGUCUUCAUCAUCAUUAACAUCAUCGCCCAUAGUACCAUCCUACAUUUAUUAAAAUUAAUUGUUACGUGCUCUGCGAUGUGUCGAUUUAAUAAGUAAGCCACUUUCUUCUGUACAAAACGCUUAGAGCUGGAAUACUAGGUACGUUUUAAGUUGGCAAAGUCGCUGUUUCUUUAAGUUAAUGCCUGAAAAAUGUGUGCUUGACAGCAUAAAUUUCUUUUCCUAUUUAACAGGGUGGUAUAUACGUGUUUAACCUAUUUGACUCGUUCUCAGCCGGUUUAUCACUUCUGUUCAUUGUAUUUUUGGAGUUGAUUGUCGUUGCAUGGAUUUACGGUAAGUGGACUUUGUUUGGAUUCAUACUUUCAGAUGAGUGGAAAAAUUAACUCGUGUGAAUUCCCUUAGGAGCCGAAAGAUUUGCACGUGACGUGGAAGACAUGAUCGGGCAUCCAAUCUCCAAGUGGUGGUUGAUCUGUUGGAAAUAUGUUUCACCACUUAUGGUUCUGGUAAGUACACAAAUCUAAAACGUUUAAAAUAAUUAUCAUGCAUUUUGCCUGAAUAGUGAUUCACUUUAACUGCCUUUAACAGGCUUGGUAGUCUGUACCUGUAGGCAAGAGGCGGGGGGCGCGGUGGGGGGGGGGGGGGAUGGGGGGGGGGAAAAACUUUGCGGGGGGCUUAAGGGGGAAUUGCGCAGGGUGUUUGCGGUUUUUUUUUUUUUCCGCGGCCCCCAAAAAAAAGACCUCGGGGUGCCGAAUUUUUUGCAGCGGCGGAUUAGAAUGAGUAAUUUAGUGAUAUUUAUUGCAUUAUCUGGUGUGUAUAUGAAAAAAAAAAAAAUUAAUGAUAUAUAAAACAGUUUGUGUGUUUUUGUCUAGGGUGUGGGUGUUGUUGUUUGUUGGUAGUGGUGUGGGGUGGCGGGGGGGGGGGGGGGGGGGGGGGGGGGGGGGGGGGGGGGGGGGGGGGAAUGAGUGAGUGGAUAAACUUCUAGGCGAGCUUAAGAGUAACUUGCGAUUAGGUUUUCGCGUUUUUUUUUUCUACGCUGUCCCGAAAAAAAGAACCUCGAUGGCAGGCAGAUUUUUCAGACGUCGGAUAUAAUGCUGCCGAAUUUAACUCCAUUUGUUGUAAUUAUUCCCAGUCUCUAAAACAACUUGUUAUUCAAUAUGGAUACAAAAUGUAAUAGUUUCUAUAAUUAAUGCAUUACUUUUGGCACAUGUGAAGUGCGACGUCUGAAUGAAAUGUCAAACCAAAGUCGAAUCUUCGACUGUUCCAGUGGCAGAUUCGGCAAAGUUGUAUUUAAUUUGAAACUGUCGAAUUUAAUUGAAUCAGAAGUCGCAUCUGACAUGCUGUUAAUUUUCGAAUUAAACUCGGCACAUGUGAAAUUGGACGUUUAAAGUGGGACUAACUUUGGCUUAUUCUCUGUUUAGGGUAUACUGCUGUUCAGCUUAAUCAAGUCUUCUAGAAUCAAGUAUGAGGACUACGUCUAUCCCCCCUGGGGGGAGGCAGUAGGGUGGAUCAUUGCCGCAACGUCCAUGCUGUUUGUGCCUAUCCUCAUCGUGAAAACUAUUGUAGACAUUUAUUGUUUCGAGAAAGGUAGCGGAAGCUCCGCUCAGGUAGGGGUUUACAGUCAUCUCGCUACCAAACCAUCUCGCCACCAACGAGAAGUCGGCUCGCAACCAACGAAAAUGAAAUAA